UAGUGAGCUGCAGGCCCGGCGGAAGUUAGCGGGAACUCGUUCCAGCGUAGAGCUAGCAAGCGAGCCGGCAGUCUCAGUGCGGCCAGCGUAUCGCCUAGCACGGAUAUUUCGUCUUCGGUACGGGGAGACACUUUGUACAAUUGUCGUGCUUACGUGACCCUCCUAAACAGAUUAUUAAGCUGCCCCGUUAACAUAGAGACUUCACAGACCUUUCCAGUGCCAAUCCACGUCCAUAUUAAACAACCAUAACCGGUUAGAAAAGACAAACACUUUGUCGGGACUAGACUAUUACUUAGUGAGGUUAUUGGUUCGUCAUUAUCUUCAGCAAGACAAUGGUUGGUAAGGGGCGAGGCGGUAAGAAUAUCUCAGUGUUUAGAAGUUGGAAAGUGUGAAGACAGAGUAAUUUGAAGCUGUGUCGUUUAUGUGUGUUGAUUACAUUAUAUCAUGUGUAUGUAAAGACGUAAAUCCACUCGCACAUCAACUUUAAAACAGUAAUUUACUGAUAAUUGUGGUGUUAUAGUAGUCUCCUUUGUAGCCGUGGUAUUUAUUAGACUGACGUCCAUAACCUAAACAGGCAAACACAUUUAAAAUCUGUAAGAACAAGUUUUAGUAUCACCUCGAAACUGAAAACUCAUAUGGGUUUAUGUAAAGUGUUAGGCCUACCAGAUAAGAUUAGUGAAAGAAUGUUAGGUUAUGUGAUGAUUCUAAUAAAUAAAAAUUAGACUGUGUUUUAAGUACUGAAGACACUGCAUAUCUCGCGUGUGUAUGGAAUAGACAGUGACCGGAUAUCUCAUGUACCACGUCGAAGAUAACUUUUAACACCACGUGAUCAGUUCGUCGUCCAAAUGCGGGUGACUGUAAGACAGAACGUGUGUCAGUGUGCGGGAAACCAAGUGUGAUUUUUGAACCGCUGAUAAUAAACUAUGAAACAGAUGAAAGGUUUACCGAAAUGGCAGCCUACUACAUCAGCGCUACUGGUGUUCAUCAUUAGCUGUAUUCCAGGGCAUGCACAAGGGCACUACCAACAAUACCGAAGCCCUCGGAUAACGGAACAUCCGACGGAUGUGACGGUCCCACGGCACGAUCCCGUGACCUUGAACUGCAAGGCGGAGGGUGUUCCAGAACCAACUAUAGAGUGGUACAAGGACGGCGAACUGGUGAGGACGUCUCCGAGUGACGCCAAGUCCCACCGAGUGCUUCUACCGGCUGGUUCGCUAUUCUUCCUCCGGGUAGUUCAUGGACGGAAGGAAUCUGACGGCGGGGUCUACUGGUGCGUCGCGCACAACCAGGUCGGCGUCGCGAGAAGCAGGAACGCUACCCUGGACAUAGCCGUUCUUCGGGACGACUUCCGAGCAGAACCGAAGAACACGCGGGUAGCCCAGGGUCAGACGGCGUUGUUGGAGUGCGGGCCUCCGCGAGGUCACCCUGAACCCACCGUCUUCUGGCGCAAAAACGGGCAGAUCCUUGACCUCGACACAACGAAAAGAGUGCGCUUGGUAGACGGAGGGAACCUUGCCAUACAAGAUUCCCGUCAGAGUGAUGAUGGUCGUUACCAGUGCGUUGCCAAGAACACGGUCGGUGUGCGUGAAUCCGCGGUAGCCCUGCUCAAGGUCCAUG